GAAGUAGUACAAACCACUGCUUGUCUCCGUUGAUUCCUUGCCAGAGAAUUGGUGAGCUUGUGAACUUCAGGCCAUGGAAUUUUCUCUCUCUACUGACCCACUCCACAGCAUUGUGUUCUGUCAAAGGAUGCAAUGCCUCUCAUUCCUGAGACUGAAGUUCACAUUUUUAGCCAUUCUGUUUAUCAUGUUUUCCCAUUCAGUUGCAUAUGAUCCAUUGGAUCCAACCGGCAAUGUAACUAUCAAAUGGGAUGUAAUGUCCUGGACAGCAGAUGGUUAUGUGGCUGCAGUGACAAUGAACAACUUCCAAAUUUAUCGUCAAAUCAGAGCACCUGGGUGGACCCUGUCAUGGGCAUGGGCAAAAAAGGAAGUUAUCUGGUCAAUGGUAGGGGCACAAACCACAGAGCAGGGAGACUGUUCCAAGUUCAAGGGAAACAUUCCACAUUGCUGCAAAAGGGUCCCCACUGUUGUUGACUUGCUUCCUGGAGUUCCCUACAACCAACAGUUUACGAAUUGCUGCAAGGGUGGCGUUGUGUCGUCUUGGGGACAAGAUCCUUCAGGAGCAGUCUCGGCCUUUCAGGUCAGUGUUGGACUUGCCGGCACAUCAAAUAAGACGGUAAAACUGCCCAAAAAUUUUACUCUGCUAGGUCCUGGACCAGGCUACACUUGCGGCCCUGCAAAAGUGGUGCCAUCAACAGUCUUCCUCACACCUGAUCGUAGGAGAAAAACUCAAGCAUUGAUGACAUGGAAUGUUACCUGCACUUAUUCACAGUUUCUUGCUUCAAAGAACCCAAGCUGCUGCGUUUCCUUCUCAAGUUUUUACAAUGAAACAAUCACUCCUUGCCCAUCUUGCGCUUGCGGUUGCCAGAAAAAAAAAAGAAGCUGCAUUAUGAGUGACUCAAAGGCUGCACAUCAAAGAGGUAUAAAUACUCCAAAAAAGGACAAUACACCAUUGCUACAAUGCACGCAUCAUAUGUGUCCUAUCCGGGUACAUUGGCAUGUGAAACUGAACUACAGAGAUUAUUGGCGUGUGAAGAUCGCCAUUACUAAUUUCAACUACAGGAUGAACUACACAGAGUGGACACUUGUUGCACAGCACCCAAAUCUCAACAAUGUUACCCAAGUCUUCAGCUUCGAUUACAAGCCUCUAGUCCCCUAUGAAUCAAUAAAUGAUACUGGUAUGUUCUAUGGCAUGAAAUACUACAACGAUCUAUUAAUGGAAGCUGGUCCUCAGGGAAAUGUUCAGUCUGAGUUGCUCCUCCAGAAAAACAAGGACACAUUCACCUUCAAGCAAGGGUGGGCAUUUCCUCAUAAAGUUUACUUUAAUGGUGACGAAUGCAUGUUGCCACCACCUGAUACAUACCCAUUUCUGCCAAACUCAGCCACUGCAAAUCCAGUUACAUUUUUUAAAAUGGCAGCCUCGGUGCUUCUGGUGAUACUUGCCAUUUGCUGAAUAUACUACUACGAAUGCAGGAUAUUGAGAUAUACUAAACUGAACAAAUCAGAGUGGAUUUGAAAGAUCAAUGGACUGCCUAUUACAGCAGGUACACCCUCAUUAACUUCUUUCUACGAACUUUGACAUAUGGUAAAUGUGCUAUCUUCCAAACGCAGAAAUCUAUUAUCUGAGAUGAAAGAGCUACUGUAUAGAUUAGAGACAUGUACUUGAUGUUGAAAUAUCCAUUAAGUCUUUUGGGUGUCCAUAGGGCAUCAUUUAUUUCUAA